AUGGCGCUGCACUUGCCGUCCCACGCUCUCGCUGCGCGCUUGUCGGGAUUCACGGAGGCGCGUUUGUUCGGUCUACGUGUGACGUUGAUAUCCCCUGCGCGCACCGCUGCGCGCUCUCUGACUCUCGCCUCUCCGCCUUGCGCGCAGCCCGCAUGUGCGCCAAUCGCGGGUCCUCGUGCGCAAGCGGGCACGGCGCAGGCGGAUGCUGGGCGGGCGGAUUCGGCGACAGGCGCAGCGCAAGGCGCAGUGGCGGGCGCAGCAGCAGGCGCAGUCCGCGCUGCAGCAGGCGACGGUGACAGAGGCGCGAGAGAGGCGGCAUCGGCGCAAGAAGGACGGGCGGCGGCGCGGGGAGGAAGGGCGGCCCCGGAGUCGGAAUCGAGCUUGGAGCCCGGCAGCGUUGACGGCUUUCACUCGCUGGGGCUGCCGGCGGGUGUGACGGAGCGCGUGGCGUCGCUGGGGCUGCUCGAGCCCACCGACAUCCAACUACGCGCCGUGCCCGCGCUCAUGCAAGUGGCCGUGCCUCUACUUCCUUUUCCCUUCCGCCCCCCUUUCCUCCUUGUCUACCAUCCCUUUCCCUUUCACCCUUUUCCCUCACAACCUUCUCCCCGAUCACCCUUCCUGAACCACGAUGCUCUUCCCUCCUCGCCCGCCUUUUCCCUUCUGCCUCUCCUCAAUCAUCCCCGCAACAUGCUCCACUCCUCCCCAUCGUUCUUCAAUCUACUCGUCCCUCCCACCCGCCACAUGCAUACCUCCUGCGCCCCGCACGGACGCGGUCCUGCAGUCGUGCAAGGCGCUCGCCUAUCUGCUGGCCAUCCCCCUUCCCCCCUUUCCCCAUCCCGCUUCCCCUCAUCCCCCCCCCAACCACCACCAGGCACGGACGCAGUGCUCCAAUCCUUCACGGGGUCAGGCAAGACGCUCGCCUAUCUGCUGCCCAUCCUCGCCUCCGUGGGCCCUCUCAGCCGCCCCCCUGGCCACGCCGACACCACUGGGGCUGCUGGGGGCGGCGGGGGGGAGAGGGAGGGGGCAGGCAAGGGCAAGAGAGGCAAGAAGGGGCGCGCAGGCGGAGGGGGAGGGGGCGGGGGAGGAGGGGGCGGAGGGGGCGUGGAGGCGGUGGUGGUGGCGCCGUCACGGGAGCUGGCGAUGCAGAUCGUGAGAGAGGCGGAACGCGUGCUGGGGGAGGAGCACAAGGUGAGAGGGGGGAGGGGCGAGGAGCACAAGCGCUGUGUGCAGCAGCUGAUCGGAGGGGCGAACCCCCAUCGGCAGGAGGAGGCGCUGAAGAAAUACCGACCGUCCAUCGUGGUGGGCACGCCGGGGCGCAUCGAGGAGAGCAGCCGUGCGGGGCGGCUGUCAACCCACUCGUGCCGCUGGCUGGUGCUGGACGAGGCGGACAUGCUGCUGUCGCACCGCUUCAGGAUGGAUAUGUUGAGGAUUCUGGACCACGUGGGAAGGCGCAAGUCCGUUCACCACCCUGCACCCAGCACCACCACUGCCACGGCAGCAGCAGGCAGCAUGAGGACAGAGAGGCAGCUGGUGAUGGUGUCAGCCACGGUGCCCCGGCCUGUGCUGGAGGCCGCCUGCAAGUGGGGCAACCACCCGACGCUCGUCCAGCAGCAUGCCGUGCAGCCCAUCGACGCCCGCUCUGCUGCUGCUGCUGCUGCUGCUGCUGCUGCUGCUGCUGCCAGCCCAGCCAGUGACUUGCUUCCUGUUCCUGCUGCCACAGCAUCAGCAGUGCACGGGGCGCCGCCUGCAGCAGUGCUGGCAGGAGGGGUGGCUGGGGGGUUGCUGGCAUCGCUAGGAGGCGGUGAGGAGGGGCCGCUGGUGGCGCUGAGUGACAGCUUGCCGCCCAACCUCGAGCACUGCAAAUGCAUCACUGCCCCUGCUCCCUCCCCACUCCUCUUUAACCCUCCUUCACCUCCCCAUCAUAUCCUUUUGCACCCAUCUGCUCUCAUCCUUCCCAUCCUCUCCCUCUCUCCCAACCCCCUCCCCUUUCUCUCCCCACACAGCUACAUCGUGCGCCGUGCAUCGUGCCCAUCCAUCUCUUGCCCCCCCUUCUCGCUCCCCAUGUUGCUGUGCUGUGGCGGCACCAUGUGGACGUGGUGCGUCGCUGUGUGCACGCACUGCCAGCACCCUCCACCCAUCAGCCUCCAUCCCUCAUCCCCCCCCACUCUCCCCCACUUUCCCUUCCCCCCACACAACUACAUAGUGGUGAACAGGCGUCAUCACGUGGACAUCGUGCGGCGCUGUGCGCAUGCGUUGGAGGCGUGGUCAGCCAUGGUGUUCAUGAACUUUGGGCGCCGCCUGGUGGACGUGCAGCACAAGCUGGAGGCCAGAGGGCUGUCCGCUGCUGCGCUGCAUGGCACCAUCUCCAAGCUCGCCCGCACCAACAUCAUGUCCUCCUUCAGGUGCCGCCCGCCUUCAGGUGCUGCCCUCUUGCAGGUGCCACCCACCCUGCUUCAGGUGCUGCCCUCUUUCAGGUGCCACGCUACUUCAGGUGCCGCCCUCUUGCAGGUGCCACCCUGCUUCAGGUGCCGCCCUCCUUCAGGUGCCGCCCUCCUUCAGGUGCCGCCCUCCUUCAGGUGCCGCCCUCCUUCAGGUGCUGGACUCUCGUCCUCCCCUCCCUUCGCCCCUACCAAAUGCCGUCAACUCUCGACUCCCCAUGCUGGCAGGGAUGGCGGGGUGCGAGUGCUGCUGGCCACGGAGGUGGGUGCACGCGGGCUGGACGUGGUGGCCUGUGACCUCGUAGUCAACCUCGAGCUGCCCGCCUCGCCCGCCCACUAUGCGCACCGCGCCGGCCGCACGGGGCGGCUGGGGCGGCGCGGCGUGGUGGUGUCGGUGUGUGAGGAGCGCGAGGAGUUUGUGGUGCAGCGUGUGGCGCGGGAGCUGGGCGUGAAGAUGGCGCGCAUGGAGGUGGUGGAGGGCAGCCUCGUGCCGUAUGAGGGGCGCAUGAAGUACUGA